UCCUGCGCGCGGUGUUCUUUGCCGAGCCGCGGGCGCUGUGCAUUCUAGGAAUUGUAGUCUUCCCGCCGACGGCACCGGAGCUAGACGCUGGUUGCUAGGCGACGACGCCAAACGGCACCCCACCCCCCACGGCUACUCUCUCAGGGUGGUUGCGGAAUCCCCGCGGAGCAGGAGCGAAGUAGGGGACCCACCCAGGUAUCCGAGUCCCCUGGCGUCCGCUGGGCCUGGCCGACCCUGUGGCGGCGGAGGGAGACGAGAAGGAAGGCGCAGGAGCGCCAACGGAGCCCGCCGGCAGGGUCCCUCCCUGGGAAGAUGGCCGACUACAGAAAGUGCAUUGAAACUGUGAUUGAGCAGCUGGACAAAUUUAAACCUAAGAAGGACAGUCCCGAGCAGUUCCUGGAAGCCGCAUCCACCUGCCUGCAGACUCUGAGCCCCCAGGAGCAGGCAUUCAUUUUGGAGGUUCUGUCCGGGUGCCUGGAGUACCGGAAGUUACUGACCAUCGUGGUGGAUGCCUUCUACGUGCGGGACGGCCGGUUCUGCCGAUGGUCAGACUACAACAUAUUCCAGGUCAUCUGCUACCUGGCCACUUUCCAGCUGGCGGAGCUCGGCUUUCAGCUCUUCUGCAGCAUCGUGAAGUCCCAGCCUGCAGACAAGAUGCAUAAGUUCCUCAGGUUCUUCUUCAACCCCUUAAACCUGUGCUCGUGGAUCAAGGACGAGUGGAGCCUGGUCUAUGAGAUGGCGCACGUGAAGGAGAACUGGAUCCACCCCCUGAUGAGAUGGCAGCCGCAAGUCCAGGAGCUGAUCAACCAGUUGGAGGGGGUGUUGGCCAAUCAGCCCCCUCUUGCAAAGACCAAGGCCAAGGUCACAGAGCCCAAGAAGUUCAACCUGACUGUCCCCAGGCCCUGCGCCAUUCCAGUGCCCGAGCUAGUCCCUGUCCUGGCCAAACCAAGANUCCCAUGCUCCUGGCUGCCACAAGUAAGCACGCGAAUAGGAGAUGGUUCUGGAGGUCCUGAAGACCUCAAGUCCAAGAUCAAGAGCUGUGCACUUCUGAGGCACCAGGAGAAAGGAGAGCACGGGGAGACCAACCAUCCAGACAAGCCCAGGGGGCCGUGNAACCUGGGGGAGAUGCGGUGUGCGAUGCCUAGGAAGCCCCCCGCACAGGGUUCCAAGAAGAAGCUACAGCUCCAAUUCCCCCCCCGAAUCCGCAAGACUCCGCAGCUGACCUUCUACAGGCCCAACGACGACGUCCCCGUCAAGCUGAACACUGCUGCCAUCCUGCGAGAGGGGGCCUUGUACCAGCGACAGGUGGAAAGAGAGCUGCAGAGGGUGGAGAAGCUUGUAGACGGGGCCAGGGACUUCUCCGAGUUCCUCGAGUGGCAGAAGAAGAUGCAGGCAAAGGACUGGCAGGAGCAGCAGGCUGCGGGCGAGUGCCGGAGGCUGCAGGGGCAGCUCAGCCACGAGGAGGCCGUCCUGGCCCGGCAGCGGCUCCUGCAGGACAACAAGCAGAAGGCCGACCAAAAGAAAGAGGAGAUGGCCGAGCUGACGCAGCAAUGUGCCGAGAGACGCCUCCAGGAGGAGAGGUCCAUGAAGGAGCUGGUGGAGCAGGUGAUGGAGGGGCACAAGAACACCCAGGUGGCGCAGAUGAAGCUCCUAAAGGGCCGUCGGCAGGCAGUCCAGGAGGUGAAGGAGGAGAGCCAGGAGCUGCUGCAGCGCAGUGCACAGGAGGCCAGGGAGGAGCAGAGGCGGCGCUGUGAGCUCAUCUCCCAGCUGCGAGCCCUGGAGACACAGCCCACGCGCAUGGGCAAGCUCGUGGACCUGACCCAGAUCCCCGGGUAUGGCCUGGAAGGGGAGAUGUCCAUCGUGGAGCUACGGGAGCGGCUGGCCCGACUCAAGGAGGCCCAGCAGCGGGAGGAGGAGGAGAAGCGGGACCAGAUCAUCCAGGGCAAGCGUGCCAAGGGCCAGGAGCUGCAGAACACGCUGGAGCAGAUCUCACUGUGCCGCUCGGCCAUGGGGAGGUCUGCGGCCUUGAGGUGGGAGAAGAAAGCGGCGGCCCCGAGGGCGCCCUCCCAGGACAAGCGCGUGCUGGAGCUGCAGCGCAGGAUCGAGGAGAAGGCGGCGGAGCGCCGAAGGCAGGAGGCCCUGCUGCACGUGGCGGCGCCGCGGGCUGCGCGCCCCAAGCCUUGGCCGCAGGCUCAGCUGGAUGCGCAGCGCUGGAAGGAGCUGGAGCGGAGCCGCGAGCGCCGGCAGCGGGCGCUGCAGCAGGGAGGCUCCGCCUGCAGGCGGGCGCGCCGCCUGGAGGCCGCCUGAACCCGGCUGGCACGCCCCCGGACCUCAAGACCCCCUUCGGAAUAAAGCCUGUGGCCUGCUA